AUGGGCCUCGCCAUGGCCCACAAUCUCCAACGCCAUCUCGCGGCCAAACAAGCGUUAAGCUUACUUUAUACCAACCGGACCAUGUCGCGGGGACGGCCCCUGCAGACCGUUGGCGGGGUCCCAGAGCCCAAUUUCAGAAAUCUGGUCGCUCGAUGUGGGAUUAUCUUCACCAUGGUAUCCGACGAUGUAGUUCUGCAGAAAUUGAUUUCGGACGCCGUUGACUCGGGCCAUUCGCUUCGGGAAAAGAUCUUCGUGGAUUGCUCAACGGUGCAUCCACAGACGGUGCGCUCGAUCGUGGAUCAAUUGACGAUUCAGCGGGCGUCGUAUGUGGCUGCGCCGGUGUUUGGGGGUCAUCCUAUCGCGGUGGAUGGAAAGUUGGUGUUUGCUCUCGGGGGCCCGAAGCAGGCAACUGAGGCUGUGAAACCGCUGAUUCAAGAUGUGAUGGGCCGUAAGGUGAUUGACUGUGGGGAGGAUGCUGCCAGGUCAUCUUUGCUGAAGAUUGCUGGAAACAUCGUCACCGUCAACAUGAUGGAAGCCGUCGGUGAAGCGCAAGUCUUUGCCGAACAGACAGGCCUAGGAACAGGGCCCAUGGAAGAAUUGAUCGGCGAAGCUUUUGGUCCCGUCGCUGGCGGCUACUCGAAGAGAUUAACAACGGGUGCUUACGCCCCCCCAAUCGAGUCUCGACCCGGAUUCGGCGUGUCCCUGGCCAUCAAGGAUGCCCGACACGCUCUAUCAAUGGCCGGCGAACAAAAUGUCAAGUUACCUGGCCUGGAGCUGGCGCGGGCCAAUAUGGAGGCCGCACGGGACUAUGCGGGUGAAUGUCUCGACAGCAGUUCCAUGUAUGGAGUGCUGCGCCAACAGGCCGGUCUUCCCUUUUGGAAUGAGAAGAGCCGUCAAAAGUGA